UAGACAGACGUUCUUGCUGUCAACUGUCAUCAUAAAUAAAUUAAUUAAAUUGAAAUAGUAUAAAAUAACAAUAAUUUACAUAAUAUUAGGUUAGAGUUCUGAAAGAUUUGUUAGCCUGACAAAAUCUAAAAGUCCACACCUUUCCUUACCUAAUCUACUUAUCUAUUUUAAAUCGCAUGGUAAUUUUUAUACCAUGGUAUUAAAAUUAUUAGCCCUUGAUAAGUGGGCUCGUCUAGUGAGAAUUAUUUGGCAAAACGGUGGGCCAUUUGGGGCCUUGUUAAGAUUGUGGCGAACUGAUACUUUGAAAGAAGGAAAACUUGUCGGUGUGGAUUGCUGUGGCAAUACAUACUACGAAAAUCCCUAUUAUAUGAUUGGCCGAAGCCGCUGGGUCAUUUAUAACCCUGCAGUAAAGUUUGAGUAUGACGCUAGUCAGCUAUCUGCAGAAUGGUCCGGUUGGCUUCACUACAGGACCGAUCGUAAGCCUAAUGAAGAUUGUGCCAAAAUCUGUUUAAUGUGUUGCCCUUUCGCACGCUCUUGGCUUCUGCCGCAUAUGGAGAAUUUGUCUGGCUCCAAUCAAGCUUACUAUCCUUACAGCACAACCCGAGCGUAUUUACAUGUAUGGAAUGGUAAAAGCUCUUGCGAUCGUAAAGAAACGAGCGGACCCACUAAAAGUUCAAGUGGACCAUGUGAUCCAUGUAAAAAGUAGAGGCAUGUUUAAUAAAAAUUAAGGCUAUUUUA